GUUUUUGAAGAAAUAAGUCAAAGGUUUUAGUGACUGAGCAUUAAAAAUUGAAGAUUAUAAUGUCGUUGAAGCCUUCAAAAGUUCAUCUUUUAUGUCUAAUCUUAUUAUUAAAUGUAAAUGCAUUUUUUGCAUUCAAUUACAAGUUUAGUAAUUAUAAAUACGAGGAUGAUUUUAGUCUGUAUACAUGUGAAAUCACACCAGACAUAGAGCAUAAAAAUGAAAUUCAUUUGAGUGAUAAAACCGACGAUGAUGUGAUUGGAGUUGUAGUUGAUGGAAUUAUUCAUUUAAAUUCUUCAGAAUAUUCGUUUUGCGAACGAUUUAAAAAUAUUGAACGAAUUAAAACAUUUAAAGUGAAAUCGAUUUAUGAAAAUUUAUUUCAAAAAUGUGAAGGACUUACAUCUAUUCGUAUGAAUAAUGGACAUCUUAAUGAUUUACCAGAAAAUUUAUUUUCUACAAACACAAAACUAGCAUUAAUCGAACUAUCAAACAAUAAUUUAAAGGAACUUAAUGGAAAUAUUUUUAAAAAUUUAAAAAAUCUUAGUGCAUUGACGAUUUCAUCAAAUGAGCUCUUACAUCUACCAUCAAAGAUAUUUAACAACCUUGAAAAUCUUCACAUUUUAUCAAUUCAAAGUAAUGGAUUUAAAUCACUAAACCCAGAAUGGUUUGAGAAUCUUAAGAAUCUGGGAAUUUUAAAUUUAAAUUUCAACAAAAUUUCGGAUUUACCAAAGAAUGUGUUCAACCCACUGGAAAACUUGCAGCAUUUAUGGCUAUGGGCAAAUGAACUUACUGUUAUUCAUUCUGACUCAUUUGGAAUUCACCCAAAGUUACAAAAUAUUGAUUUGAAGCAGAACAAAAUUAGCCAAAUUAAUAAAAUCUUGUUUGACAAAGUUGCAGUUAGUAACCUUGACAUGGAGAUAUCCAAUUUUUGCUUUAGAUCCAAAAUAACAAGCAAAAGUGAUAUGAGGAAAAAGUUAAAAAAAUGUUUUGAAAACUAUGUUCCUCGAAAGGAAUCAAAUUUAACCUGUGGUACUCAUAAAAUUGGAAAGGAAUCUAUUCUUGGAGGAACACAAAUCGAACGAGGAUCGUAUCCUUGGAAUGCAGCCUUGGUUACAGCAGAAGGAAAAUAUGUCUGCGGAGGUACUCUGGUUUCAAAUAAAACUAUUGUAACAGCGGCUCAUUGCUUCAUUGACAACGCAGCAAACAUUAAUCAUGAGUCUCCAGACAUCAAUGUUAUAUUAGGUGGACACAAUCUAGACAUAACUGAAAUGAACAGAAUUUCUGCUUCUGUAAAAUCAAUCAAUAUUCAUUCGGACUGGAAUCAAAAAGAAAGUUCAUAUGACGCAGACAUUGCAGUUUUGGAGUUAACUGAAGAAAUUCAGUUUGACGACUUUAUUCAACCUAUUUGUUUGAUUGAAUCCGAUGCUGAAAAUUUUGAUAAUUUGCCGGGAAAAAUUAUUGGAUUUAAUAAAAUUGAUGAUCUUGAUUCCGGAAUGACUUCAAAAGUUUAUAUCAUUAAGCAUCAAACUUGUUCAACCAACAAGGAUCUUGAAUCAAUUUUGGGUUCUAGAACAUUUUGUGGUGUAUAUGAGAAUGGUACUGGAUCAUGUAAAGGCGACAUUGGAAGUGGAUUAAUUGUUUUUAAAGAUGGAAACUUUUAUUUGCGUGGAAUUGUUUCAACAUCUCAAAGAAAUAUACAGAAUGAUUGUAAAAGAGCCGAACAUGUAAUUUUAACUGAUGUGUCGAAAUUUACUAGCUUUGUAAAGAGUGAUGGACAUGACGUAUUUGGUGAUAAACUGAGACUACUCAACGAAGAAAAUGAGAAGCUGAAAGACCAACCUACAACAAAUCCCUUUGAACUUACAGGGGAGUUUAAGCAGAUUGGCUGGAUAUACUUAGUAAAUUGAACUGGUUCUUCAAGUGUUAUUAUAGCAAUGUCAGCAUCAAAUGACACAAUAUUAGGAUUCCAGUCUGGAUGAAUUUCGAUACUUUUUACUGCUGCUGUGAAUCGACCGACUUCAUAUUGAUCAUUUAGAUCGUAGACACCAAGAAGAACACGAAUUUCAUGUGCUGUUGUUUGACGAGUUGAAUGUUUCUCAUGGAUACAGUGAGCGGCUGUUAAUUUAAUGCAGGGGCAUUAAAGGGGUAGACAGGCAGGGAUUAUUUUUGAUAACGGGUCGUUCACUUAUUACGUUCAGGCACGGGAAGGGGUUAGACAAUAAUUAAACAAUAAAAAUUCUCCGUGUCGUCUGAACUUAAUAAGUGAACGAUACUUCACAUAGAAUAUGACUAGCACUUCAGAUCAGAACAGAAUAGGUAAACAGAACCCAAAUUUUUACAAAUAAACAGAGCUCAAAAUCGAGGCGACAAGUUGAGUCAAUUCAGUUUUGAGACAAGUCGAGUCAACUCGACUUAAUUCGAACCCUAUCGACUUCAAGCUCUGCAAAUAAAGACGUUAAAUAACAUAAAUUUAAUUUUCACCUGUGAUAAUUUUUGUUUUGGAUAUAAGAGUCCCUCCACAGAAAAAUUGUCCAUCAGAUUUGACAAGCGCUGUAGACCUGUAAUUGAAAGUUUUUCUUGACUUUUAAACCAACAAUUUAUAUUGUGAAUGUCAACUUUUACCAUGGAAAAACUCCUCUUGGAACUUGUGAACCACCAAUUAUAUUUCCCUUGCCAACUAGCGACUUUCCACAAUUAUUUAAAUCACUAUUAACUGAACAAAAACUGAUAAAAUUAAUAAAAAUAAUAGCAAAUAAUUUUAAAAACAACAUCUUUUGAG